GACUUGAACGUGAUUGGUCUGCUGGUGGACAACGCCACAGUGAGCGAGUGGAACCUGCAGGGGUUACCCAGCGACGACCUGUCCAUCCAGAACGGCAUCGUGGUGACGAAGGCGUCCCGCUACCCGCUGCUGAUAGACCCCCAGGGACAGGGCAAGACCUGGAUCCAGAACAGAGAGAGAGACCAGCAGCUACAGGUGACGUCUCUGAACCAUAAAUAUUUCCGUUCCCACCUGGAGGACAGUCUGUCUCUGGGGCGCCCCCUGCUGCUGGAGGACGUAGGGGAGGAGCUGGACCCCGUCCUGGACAACAUACUGGACAAGAACUACAUCAAGUCUGGAUCAACUUAUAAAGUGAAGGUGGGAGAUAAAGAGGUGGAUGUGAUGAAGGGCUUCACCCUCUACAUCACCACCAAGCUGGCCAACCCGGCGUACAGCCCCGAGGUCAGCGCCAGGACGGCCGUGGUCGACUUCACCGUCACCCAGCGUGGCCUGGAGGACCAGCUGCUGGGCCGGGUCAUCCUGCUGGAGAAACAGGAGCUGGAGGCGGAGCGGGUGAAGCUCUUAGAGGAGGUGACCUCCAAUAAGAGGAAGAUGCAGGAGCUGGAGGACAGUCUGCUUUUCAGGCUGACCAGCACCCAGGGGUCCUUGGUGGAGGACCAGUCUCUGAUCGAGGUGCUGAGGGUCACCAAGACCACCGCCCUGGAGGUGAGCGAGAAGCUGUCGGUCGCCGCGGAGACGGAGGGGAAGAUCACCCAGGCCCGGGAGGAGUACCGGCCCGUGGCCACCAGGGGCAGCAUCCUGUACUUCCUGAUCGUGGAGAUGUCUCUGGUCAACGUCAUGUACCAGACGGCGCUGCGCCAGUUCCUGGGGCUGUUCGACGCGUCCAUGCAGCACGCCGCCAAGUCGCAGGUCACCUCCAAACGCAUCGGCAACAUCAUCAGCUGUCUCACCUACCAGGUGUACUGUUACACAGCCAGGAGUCUGUAUGAGGAACACAAGCUGCUGUUUACUCUGCUGCUGGCGCUGAAGAUCGACCUGCAGGCCCGAAACAUCUCGCACCCUGAGGUGCUCACCUUCGUCAAAGGUGGAGCCUCCCUGGAUCUGAACUCUGUAGAAUCCAAACCACGGCGCUGGAUCCUGGACCAGACCUGGCUCAACCUGGUGCAGCUGUCCAGCAUGCCGCCAUUCACCCAGAUUCUGAGCCAGGUGAGCCAGAACGAGCGCGCCUGGAGGACCUGGUUCGACCAUCCGACGCCGGAGCUGGCCAAACUGCCCGAUGGGUACGAGGAAAAGCUCGACACCUUCCGGAAGCUUCUGCUCAUCCGGAGCUGGUGUCCAGACAGAACCACCGCCCAGGCGCGGAACUACAUCUCGGACUCUCUGGGUCAGCAGUACGCUGAAGGUCUGGUUCUGGACCUGGACGCCAUGUUGGCUGAGAGUGACAACAGGACGCCGAUGGUGUGUCUGCUGUCGAUGGGCUCGGACCCGACGGAGAACAUAGAGCGGCUGGCCAGGAGCAAGGGGGCGCCGUGCCGUCCCAUCUCAAUGGGGCAGGGCCAGGAGGUCCACGCUCGCAGGCUAUUGGCCAACAGCAUGACGGACGGCGGCUGGCUCCUCCUCCAGAACUGCCACCUGGGCCUGGACUUCCUGGACGAGCUGCUGGACGCGGUCACCACGGCAACGCCAGAGAGCGUGCACAAGGGUUUCCGUGUGUGGCUGACGACCGACGUGCACCCCCGGUAACGGAUCA